AUGAACUCACUGCUUCUAAGACGUAACCAUGGUCGAGUCAAAGCAGUGACGUAUGCAGAUGAUGUUGUCCUUUUGGUAACAGAAAAAGAUAUAACUUUAGCAAAACUAGACAUUCUGAAGGCUGAGAAUGCACGUCUGUUGUCAGAACAAGAAAUUCUACAAAAAAAAGUCAAUGACUUAACUGAAUUUCUUAAUAAUGUCUUAGUAGUGUGUGCAACAAAACACGAGGAAAUUUUGAGAAAAAUUAAGCCGUUUGAUGCAUUGACUGAUAGUAAUCGUGUCUUACGUGAAGAAAGAAAUUCAUUAUAUGCCCGAAAUAAGGAGCUUAAUGAAAAAAUAAGUUCAAUUGAAGAGGAACUAUUUCGACUUCAAGCGCAAAAUCGUGAAUUUACGUUAAAAAUUGAGGAAUUAGUAUUAGAAAAUACAUCUGCAAAAAAUGAAGCUAUGAAAUGGCGCCAUCGAGCUAAUGCUUUAGUAGAGAAAACAAACAAAAAUCCAGAAGAAUUUAAAAGAUUGCAAAUGGAGAGAGAGAAUUUAGCCAAAAUGUUGACAAAUGAGAAGGAAAUUUUAAAACAAGCAACAGAUGAAAACAACAAUUUAAAGGCCGACUAUGUCCGAUUAGAGACUGAACUCACUCUUUUAUCAAAACAAUUAGCAGCAUUAAGUGAGGAACAUAAAAAGGUUUCAGAUGAACUAGUGACUGCUAAAAGUACCAAUAGUCGAAUUAUGUUAGAGCUAAUGGAGUUCAAAAAUAAAAUUCUACAAAAGGAGGAAAUAAUUCAGAAACAUAUUGAAACUAUAGAGUUAAAAGAAGUUCAAUUACAAGAUGUAAAGAAUAAAGAAAUUCAAAUUCGUAAAAUAGCUAAACGAUAUAAGGAUUCAUAUUUAGAGUUAUCUAACAAAAGAAAUGCAUCAGAAGAAAAUACGGGACAAAAUGCUAUGGAAACUUCAACAAAUAACACUGGUGAAGGUAAUGAAGGUUUAAGUGAAGUUAAAGCGCAAAAUAGUGGUCUCUCAGACGCAAAAAUGACACUAACUCAAGAAUUAUUAACAAUCAAAACUAAAUUCCAAGCAUCUGAAGAUAAGCUUAUUCAGAUUACGAAUCAAUAUGAAGAAACUAUAACUCGUCUUGAAAAAGAACAAGUAGAUCAAAGUAUUUCAAAUAAAGAUUUAGUUGCACGGUUAACCCGCGACAAUGAAUCAUUAACUGUUUGUCUAAAUAAUCUUAAUCGUCUACUUGGACCUCAGCAGUCUGCAAAAGCAAGUACAAGUUCUAUUGCAAACUCCGAUAAAUGUUCAAUUUCAGACUCUUCGCCACGUACCGCUAAUGUAAAACCUUUGUUGGUAUCCACAGUGCAACAGUCAGCUACAGUUACACCAUGGCGUGGAAGUGAAACACCUCUUGCUAGCUUUCGACUAAUAUCUGUGCAAAACAGCCGCUCGGCAGCUAUACUACCAAAUAGUCAACAAAUAGCAGCAAGUGGUUCUACAUCCUCUUCUACUACAGGAAGCGCCAGUAAUACGGCUCUAGUUCCACCACAACAGCAGGUACAUACAACUGCAAGUACAUCUGCAGAAUCGAUGUCAUCUUCUCCAACAUCGUCGCAUACGGAUUAUAUACCUUCAACAAGUUCAGCUUCGGUUGCAGUUGCUACUAUACCGCCCAUGGGUGCGAUUAACACUGCAGAAAGUUCUCAAGAAGCUGAAAGUGUUCAAUUAUCUCAGCAAAAUGAUUCACAGCCGCAAGUAAGUGGUGGGCAAUCCCAAGUUGUAGCACUAGUUUCACCUCGAGUCGAAGGUUCUAUUCAAAAUUCUCCUUCACCAAAUCCUCAAAUUCACCAAGAUUCUAAUAAUCAGCAGCCUAGUACUUCCGGCACAACUAGCUCUACUUCACAUAUUGCAGUAAGUAGCCAAAAUAGACAUACACCUUCUAGCAGCAAUGUAACAACUACACAUGCCGGAUCAUCUGGAGCUCACAAACGUCCCCGGGAUCUUGAUGGGGAUGCAUCUACGUGUACUGAGCAGUCUAAUGCAGAUAAACCUAAACAACCUAAACGUUUAAGGACACCAAUGCAUGAAAGCGAAGCCAAUUUAUUAGAUGUAGAAUAUCAAGUACCAACUUCAUCACAACGGGAUCAAGAGGAUGAAAUUGUUGUCGUUGAUUCCGAAGAUGACGGUAUGGGAGAACCUGAUGAUGGUCCAAUGGACGGUGAUACAGAACAUGGCUAUGAAGAUUCAUAUGAACCUGAUGCAGAUUUAGGUGGAAACGAUGGUCCCGAAAUAAAAAUUGACAAUAAUGAAGUUGAUGUUGAUGAAUGCGUAGAAAGCCAAGCUGAAUAUUCUUCAAUCAAUGAUAAUCAAAGCACAGAAGCAAGUACAAGCCAAGCAGCUGCACAGCAAGAAAAACAUCAGCAAAGUCAAACCAUAACCAGCGGCAGUAUUGAAUCCAGUUCAAACAUCCAACAGCCACCUCCAACGCAGUGGAAACAACAAGCAUCGUCCACAUUUAACAGACAACAAAAAAUAACAAAUGUUGCAUCACCACAAGGCACAUCAACUAAAGUUCAUGAAGAUAACAAUAAAGAUGUAGUCGUUGGCAGACCCUCUGAUAAGUAA